AUGGCUUUUCUUACCUGAUAUCAAAAUAUAAAAUUUAUUAACAUGCAAAUUUCUGUAAGAGCUCCAACUGGGAAUUUCUUUAAAGUGAAUGCAGAAUCUUCAGAAUCUGUAGAAGAUCUAAAACUAAAAAUUCAAGAAAAUGAAGGAAUUCCUAUAGAUCAACAUGCUGAAGAUCUUCUAGACAAAAUUAUAGGCAUAAGGCACUUGAAAAAGGCUUUCUAGCUGAAAUUCGCAGUGGAGAUUAGUCCAAAAUUUAUUUGAAAAGGCCAGCUUUAAGGUUUAAUUACCUAAUUUAAUUUUAGUUGUAUUUAUAGUUCAACAGCGAUUAUUUUUUAAUUAUAAUGAAUUAGAAAACUGCCAUUCAUUAGCUCACUACAAUAUUCAAGAACAAUCAAUGCUUUAUUUGGUUUUAGGACCUCGAGAUGGCGGCGUAUUAAUGACAAUUAUAGUCGAAGAUAGAUAUAAUAACUAUGAGAUAUGUAUUAAUUCUCGUGAUACAAUUUUACAUCUAAAACUUUUAGUCCAAGGUCUAUCAGGUAUACCUAUCAAUUACCAACUCUUAUUCUUUGGAAAAAAUACUCUUCAAAGCUAUUCUAUAAUUGAAAGUUAUGGAAUUUGUCCUGGCACUAUUCUUCAUUUAGUUAAAAGAAGAAUAACCUGCUAA